AUGGCUCGUUUCCAGCUUUCUAUUUGUAUCAUAUUUCUGACUGGAGUUGUCCCCAAGGCUUCUGCCUUGGAAAAGUAUGUUGCUGCAGUCUAUGAGCAUGCAGUUAUACUAACAGGAGCAACUCCAAAACUUGUCACGCGAGAGGAGGCUGUGCAGCAGAUGAACAAAAAUCUGGAUGUUUUAGAAGAAGCCACCAAAACAGCUGCUGCACUGGGCUCCCACAUUAUUGUGUUGCCUGAGGAUGGCAUUUAUGGCUGGGUCUUCAAGAGAGAAACUCUAUAUCCUUAUCUUGAGGAUAUACCAGAUCCUCAAGUAAACUGGAUUCCAUGUAUUGACCCCAAAAGAUUUGGAUCAACUGAAGUGCAAGAAAGACUCAGCUGCAUGGCAAGAAACUACUCCAUCUAUGUGGUUGCUAACAUGGGGGACAAGAAGUCAUGUGAUUCUACUGAUCCAAAGUGUCCCAAGGAUGGUCACUAUCAAUACAACACAGAUGUGGUCUAUGAUACGAAAGGCAAAUUUUUGGCACGGUACCACAAGUACAAUCUUUUUGAGCCGGAAACACCCUACUUUGAUUUUGCCAAGGAGCCACAGUUUGUCAGCUUCAACACCUCCUUUGGGAGAUUCGGAGUGAUCACUUGUGCUGACAUACUUAAUUUCCGCGAACCGGCCAUAUCACUUGUUGAAGUCUUCAAGGUGGACACAAUCCUCUUUCCAACUGCUUGGUCGAAUGGUCUUCCACUGUUGUCUGCUGUUCAGUUCCACUCAGCUUGGGCGAUGGGAAUGCGUGUCAAUCUUUUAUCAGCGAAUAUACACAAACCUUCCUUGGAUUUUACUGGAAGUGGUAUCUUUACACCUAAUGGCGCCAAGACAUAUCACUUCGAUAUGGAAACUCAAGAAGGCCGUCUCCUCAUUGCAGAAAUUGAUGCACACCCCUGCCAGUCCCCCACGUAUCCUACCCCAGUCAACUGGAGCUUGUAUGCUUCAGAGCCCGAGCACUUCUUUCCACAGGCUGAAGUAUUCACUGGGACCAUUUAUUUUGAUAAUUUCACCUUCACUGAACUUUCUCAAGAAGCAGGAAAUCAUACCGUUUGCCAGAAAGGCCUCUGCUGCCACUUGAGCUACAAGAUGACAGAAAAGUGCAAUGACGAAGUUUAUGCAUUUGGGGUUUUUGAUGGACUUCAUGUGGUUGAAGGAGAAUAUUAUUUACAGAUAUGUACACUAGUGAAGUGUAAUACCACAGACUUGAAAUCAUGUGGGCAGGGAGUAGAUACUGCUCGUACCAAGUUUGACUAUUUUUCUCUCAGUGGUACAUUUAAUACUAGUUACGUGUUUCCAGAAGUCUUGCUGACAGGAACGCAGCUGGCUCCAGGAGAAUUUGAGGUACUGACUGAUGGACGUCUGAUAAGCAAUCAUGGCCUGUCAAAGCCGGUCUUAUCUGUGGCUCUUUUUGGGAGAUGGUUUGAAAAGGACUCUCCACAUCCACAGGCAGCCUCCCCAUGA